UAUAGUGUUAAUUACACUGUUGUCAGCUGAAGCUAGGCUUAGCGAAAGGACACCUUGGAACCACUAGGGAACAGUAGUAACUCCGUCUCUAAUAUCAGUUGAAUUUGGACACCACAUCUUCCCUGAUCAAACCAUGGAAUACAACACUUUCUUGACCUAUUGUCCAAGUUCAGACCCAGUUGGUGACUUCGUAAGGCCUGGUGUUGAAAAGCUCAACUCUGAAGUGCAGGAAUCAUCCGAAUUAAGUAGCACAUGUGAUGAUUUUCUCGGCAUCCAAGAGCCCAGCCUAGGUGCCGCUAGUGUAACAUCUCAACGAACUGUCAAUCAAAUGUUGAGGAAUAAAAAACGACAGACAAGUCUCACACUGAACUGGUUAGCCGACAAUUACUGUGCCUGUGAAGGCGUAUGCUUACCCCGCGGGAUCGUGUACGAACAUUACCUAGAAUUCUGUCGUCGGGAAAAACUUGAUCCCGCUUGCAAAGCCACUUUUGGGAAGAUCAUCCGAUUGAAGUUCCCUCACGUGACAUCCAAGAGAUUAGGGGCAAGAGGGCAUUCCAAAUACCAUUACUACGGAAUAGGAAUAAGAGAAAGCAGUGAGUAUUAUCACACUCUGUAUUCAAGCCGAGGUCUCACCAGGUUUUCUGGAGCCAAACUGAAAAACGAGGGUGGCUUUACUAGAAAAUAUUCCCUAGCGUCAAGAACUGGAACUUUACUUCCAGAAUUUCCAGACUCUGCCAAACUCAAUGUUCCCGAAAAUCUGCAAGCAGAUAAGGUUCAAAUCUUUCUGACAAUGUACAGAACGCACUGUCAGUGUAUACUGGAUACAGCAAUUAGUCAGCAUUUUGAAGAGAUUCGAAGCUUUUUGCUUCACUUCUGGCAAGGACUUCCAGACCACAUGCUUCCACUAGUUAAAACCCAGUUUGUUGAUGACAUCAUAGCCAUCUGUGAUUGGAUUCUCUACAAGACGAUGAUUGACGUUCUUAUACCGUCCACCAUGCAAGAAAUGGCAGAAACGUUGCUGUGUGAUAUUCGAAACUUGGCGCAACAGUGGGAGAAUUGGCUGUCCACCUCUCUUGAGAAUCUUCCCCGCAGUCUCAUCGAGAGUAAGCAGCCGGUAGCGAGACUGUUUGCCCAAUCCCUCAAACGUCAGAUCUCUUUCCUCCACCUGGCUCAGACCACUAGACCAGUCCUUUACGACGCCCACAGCGUCCGUAUGAUGAACGAUGACGUGGAGAAGGUGGACUUAGGAAGCAUCAGUUCUCAAGCCUUCUACACUGCGGCUACAGAUGGUGAAUGUGAUCUCCACCUUAAUGGCGAGUUUCUUCGAGACUUUAAAGAACAAUUACAGAGACAAGCCACUGUGGAAAAUUUUAUCGAGUGGUUGGAUACUGUAGUAGAACAAAAAAUUAUAAAGCCAAGCCGACAAAAUGGAAGGUCUCUGAAAAAGCGAGCCCAAGAUUUUCUUCUCAAGUGGUCCUUUUUCGGCGCCCGCAUCAUGCACAACUUGACACUCAACAGAGCAGCCAGUUUUGCUUCUUUCCAUCUGCUUCGGAUGUUACUCGAUGAGUACUUGUUGCUAGCUAUUGAAUCCCAAUUUGAGCAGGAAAAGGAAGAGGAACUCCAGUGUCUCUUAAAGCGUCAUCUAAAAGACGGUCAAAAUGAGAUCAACAAGACCUUGUACAGCGCACCCAGUACAUGCUACCUCGCAAAUCGUCACCAAAUAUCUAACGAAAAUUCACCAAUAUACAGUGUCGAGGCAAUAAAUGAAGAACCCAGGCCACCGCCACACUACCAGAAAAUGAAAGAAGAAAUGCCUGUUCCGAAGGAAAGAGUUUUAUGCUCCUAUUUCCAAGGUGAUGCAUGUGUCCAAUCGGCGCCUUCUCCACCAAAUCCCGCUAGGUCGCCUGCGGAGAAAUGUUACUUGUUGCCGCCAGGUGUAAACGAGGAAUACAGGUGGAGGGAUUCUCAUCAUAAUACAAAUGAAGCCGCUGAAACGAAGCAGGCUGUGCCCGACUAUAGUGCAGUUAGUGAGCAGUACAUGGUACACCAUCCAACAUCAUCUUCUUUCGAUCCAGCUUCACGCUGGUCGCAUCCGUCAGCAAUGUUCAAUCAGUCUUCUGGUGACAGUGGUCCACCCGUCCAUUGGCCAGGUAUUGCUCAUAUAAAUCAGCCUUACUUGUCAUCUGCUUCACGACGGUCAAUCACUGGCCAUCCUUCCUUUAUGCCUGGGUCAACGUUUCAUGGCAAUUUGGAAUUCAGUGGCGAAAAAAUUCCUGCCAACCUUGAAUGGCAUAAUACCGAAAACUUUCAAUCACAUCACCUUAUGGCGUCAAAUUAUACUAAAACAUUAAGGGACGAAGAAGUCAAUACGGCGGCUACAUUUUCUAGCUGUCAAGGUAGCCAUCUUGCAGCUAACGCCCUCUAUACACCACCAUCAGAAAAUGGAUUUCCUACAGGCCCAGAAAUGAGAGAGCAAAAAUGGCACAUCGGGGACGCGACAAGCUACUAUUAUGUAGGAGGACCUCAGACUGAAUAUGAUCAUAUGAUUCCAUCACUGGAAAAUUCUGUAUCCCAUCCUCACAUGCACUGUCAUCAUCAAGGUUUUGUUUAUUCUUCAGCUCAGGACCUCUCUACGUCUAAUUCUACUUUUAUGUCUUGAUUCCAAAUAUCAACGUCAUUUUUCUGCACCUGUUUCUCUUCAUUAUAGCAAGAUUUUCAUAGUUAAAGUCGUAUAUCAAAGACUGAAAAAUGUGUAAAUGUAAUAUUAACUUAAAGUACACAUAUCGAAAUUAAGUAGACCUUUCAACUUUAUAAUCGGUGUAAAAAAUGGCACUUUGGUGCUGAAACACACGCCAUUCUCUCUUGUUUCGUUUGUUGCUAAUAUAAACUAUCCAAUCGUCUCAGCCGCUGCAACCUGAUUCGUUAGAAAUUAUUUACCUUUUAUACAUCUACGCUAUUGUAUGUAUAAUUAGCAAGUGCUUUUGUUCGCAUGCCUUUAUGUUCCCUCCAGUUAACAUUUUGAAGUUUGAUAUCCUGCCUUUAUGAAGCCGUUUAAAUUUGUACUGACUGGCGCGAUAUCCGAGGCGUGUAUAGUACACAAAGGAGAUGUUUCGAACAUCACGUGAUAUGCAACUGUAGUUAAGAGCUGCUUUAGUAAUAUACAAAAUAUUUUCGCUCGAACUGAGGAGCAUUUCUUUCUGAAAAUACUCAACACGGGACCGUCAACUCUUAUAAAGAAUGAAGAAACUUGUUAUUUCUUCCAAGCUAUUUUCAUCUUUUUAAAAAUUGUACUUGCAGUCAGCACACCGUAACAAACAGGAAGAAUGUAUACAAAGUCGAUCGCGUAAGGUAACAUGCGUAUUCCUAACUCUUAGCGUGUAUAAAUAGAAGUUUAUAAUGAACAAUAGGCUGAUGUGAAAAUGAUACGUAGGAGAGUGACAUGUUUAGAUAGUCACAUUUUUUGUCACUUUAUAAAAUAUCCUACUCGUUAGUUAAUUCGUGAUUGGUCAAUAAAAGCGAAUUUAUCAUUACUUACACAAUCUGUGUAAUAUAUGUUUUAAUAGGAGUAAUAACAGUGAAUAGGAACGAGCACCUAACGCGAAGACUGGGGGCAGCAGUGACCCGUGGCUAUACUGUAACUGUAAACGUUGGUUUUCAGUGUAGCCCCAAGAUCGGGCUUCUACAGUACUUUUUGAAAACGUCGUCUUUAUUUUCCUGUUGAAGCAUUAAAACAGUUAUGGGACGCUCGGGUUUUUUCAUGUUCCAGCUAUGAUGAUGAUGCACAAUUAUUAGUAUUAAAUAACGUCGCCUCUGUCUUCAUUUUUAUGCAAAAUAAGUAUCAGGUAAUCGUCAUGUUGUUUGAUCUACAGAUGCUUACUAUUGAAGCCCAUGUUCAUAAAUACUCAUUUAGUGCUAAAGAGUUUUAGCCCAAUAAAUGGUCAGAAAACGACGAUUCGUACAUCGAUGUUGCUUAAACAGGGUGAGUCAACGAGCCUUUCUAAUAUUUGUUGCUUUGGUAAAUUUUACCCAAAGCUAUAAGAGGUUUAUUUGCAUUCCUAAUUUUGAAAUGACAGAAUAGAGGGAAGAGGAAAGGCAGCUAGUCGACACCACCCAUAGUCAACUUUUGUCAGACCGAUUAGGGGGAUUUGAUCAUCACUCUUAUAACACACCCACAGUACGGAGUGAGGUUUUUUUGUUUUGACGAUAACAGAUCGCGAAUCUAAUAUCCACAGUAUGGCACGCUAACCACUGGGCAACAUUCGGUCCUGCAGUAGUCUUCCAUCAGAGUUACUUUCUGUUCUUCAACAUGUUGCCAAGUCCAAUCGCUCGGUAUCCAGAAAGUUGCAGACCGGAGAGGACACUCGUUAUUACCCAUUAGAAGAAAGUUCUAACAAACUUUACCUGCACGUAGCUCGCCAAUAGUUGUAAGACUGUAUCUUUAUUCAGUUUCACAUUUAUAUUGCCAUGUCAUAACAUGGAAUGGUUACUGUAGCUACCAAUAUUAGUCCCUGAAUCCAUGCAUAAAAUGAACUGUGGAAAUAUCUGAAAAGUAGUUUUAAAAAAUUAGCUAACUAUUCAAGAAUGAGAAUGUUUUGAAAUAUUGAUUUGUAAACAUCAAUAAUAAAAAAAACAUAUUGAAAAGUAAAAAAAUAGGUCAGAUACAUUUGUUACAAGUAUUUAAAUGUUUGAGUUUAAGACACUUUUCUUCUGUAUUGACAAUUCUUUAUGAGCUAUCUGGCAAAUUUUAAACAUAUUUGCAGUGGUGCUUAACCAUACUCUUGGGUGUGCUUUUAAAUUACUUCUGGCAUAUCUUCAAACAUAUUACCAAUGUUGUUGGUUAACAAGUCUUCUCUUACAUACAUAUAUACGUACACACACACACACACGCAUACAUACA